GCUUGUAAAAAAAUGGAAAGUGACCUUGCAGACUUAGAAAUUCAAGCACAGGAAAAUGAGAAGAUGAAGAAAAAAGUUCAGGAUGAGUUGAUGAGAGAAAAAAAUGACUUCACGAAGAAAUGGAAAGCUGAUAAUUCAAUGCAAGAGGUGUUUUCAACGCGGGACCAAGGUGUGGCUGAGGCCUUUGGGUAUUUGCUGACCAAGGCAGAGAAGAGAGAAAAUAAAAUAGAUGAGGUCACUUUCAAACUGCGUGAAGAGCUGGGAGUGUUGUCGGACUUCCUGAAUGAAAUCGCUUCGAGGCCGCCAAAUGCAAUCAGUGAGGUGCAUAAAAAAAAAAAAAAAAGACCUGAACACAUAGAAAUUGUGAAUUAUGAACGCUCAAGAUUAUCAGUUUGGCACAAAAAGGUCAUGGUGAAACAAACACAAAAUUUCAAAAUAUAUCUAGAAGAAAGUAGGACAAUUCUAAGCACUGGGGUAGGCAAACAAUCCAAGAAAAAAAAUAUCAGGAGAUCCAAAACAUAA